UUCACUCCACCGCGCCACCUUUGGAUUACGUCCCGGAAUUGGUCCUAUUUGAAUUGAUGGAUGAUAUAAGGUAUGGGGCUUCACGCUAACCAAACGAUAGCAAUAUACAGAAAGAGAGAGAGGGAGAGCGCUUGUGAUGGCGAACAAAUCGAAGCCACGCCGUUGACUAGGUGAAACACAUGCUAUCAGCUGUAGAUAAAGGGUGCGGUCACAACGGGUGCUUCACAUUCACCGGCACUCGGUAACUUAGUCAGUCAGUCAGUCAUUCAAAUCAGUUCGAUUAGCUGCGAAACCGAACAUCGUCGCGCGUGAUAUCGUGAUUCUCGGAGCUAAUCCUUUAAAACACAUACACGCGUCUCCUAAGGGAUUUCUCCACGCCGCGGCCGGUGGCAAUAACUUGUUAGAACUUAAAAUAGUAUCGAACAAGGCAUCUCAGAUUCGAAUCUCGGUUGUGCGAAAAGAAAAAUGUGAUUCAUUGUGCCUCAAUAUUGGUCGGAUUUCAUCGAUAACAGUUUAGUGCCUUAUCUACCCCACAAUGAUUAGGAAAAUAAAAAGAACACGUUUUGUUGUCUAUCUAUCAAUCAUCACACUCGCGGUAGUGUUGUCCGUAACCUUUUUUAUCCACACCCAAUGCCUGCGACCCUCCAUCAGCUACUAUCGUAUUCUGGAGGAACACAUCGAAAUGGAACGUGCCACCGCGGAAGAUCCGCGCAAAUACAUCCUGCUGUACACCCACUUUUUCGGCAACAGUAACUGGUAUCUGCAAGCGGAAACCGUCGGUCCGGAUUACUUCCGCUCGAUCCAGUGUCCGGUAACGGACUGUGUUCUCACCAACAAUCGUGAGCUCCUCGGGGGCAUCACGGAGUAUGACGCCGUACUGUUCCACAUAGCGGAAGCUUGGACCUACGCGUUGUUCGAGAAGGUCCCGAAGGUCCGCUCCCCACGACAGAUCUACAUAGCGGCUAACAUGGAAUCACCGGCGCAUACCAAACAUUUGCUACAAGGCGAUCAUGACUUCUUCAACUGGACCAUGACCUAUCGGCUCGAUUCGGACAUAAUCUGGAACUACAACAAUUUUGUUGAGCUUGAAAGUGGCCGCUUGAUCGCACCAAACGAAAGUCCGCUGUGGCGCUCCAAUUGGCAUACCUACACGAACGCCACACUGCUAGAGCUAGCGACACGGAAGUCAAAAAUGGGCGUCCAAUUUGUCUCGCACUGUGGCGCCUUCUCGCGGCGGGACGAAUUGGUGCAGCAGAUCCAGCAGCUAAUGGAGGUGGAUGUUUACGGCAAGUGCGGCACCAUGGAAUGCCCUCGUGGUUCGCCCCGCUGCUCCCAGAUGCUGACCGAUGAUUACCGGUUCUACUUCGCCUUUGAGAACAGCCUCUGUCAGGAUUACAUCACCGAGAAGAUGUACAACUCGAUGGAAAGCUACAUCAUUCCGGUGGUAUUCGGCGGAGCGGACUACGCUAAGUUUGCCCCGCCACGGUCGUACAUCGAUGUCCAGCAAUUCGGCACCGUGCCGGAGCUGGUCGCCUACCUGGAGUGGCUAGCGGAAAACCCUAGCGAGUAUAUCAAAUAUUUCUGGUGGAAAGAGCAUUACCGGAUUACCGGUGAUCAACCGUUUUGUCAGUUGUGCCGGAAAUUGCACGAUGUUGGAGCUCGCGAACGAAUACAGUAUUAUAAGGAUAUCAAACGGUGGUGGUUUGAUAGCGCUUGUCAGCGCGAAGCUAAGAUUAGAUUUUAAAACUAACAAAUUUGCGAUAACAAACGGAAACUUUAUUUAACUGUGUAAACUUGUUUUAUGUCUCCUGGAAUGGAUCCUUUUUAAUGUACUUGUCCAGUUGACCAUUGCUAGCCGGAUCGACUUGCGAUAGCGCUGUAAAACCUUCCUCAUCGACAAAGCAAAUUUCAUGGCCGU